GCUUUCAUAUGUUAGAAACAGCUAGAUUACCUCAUUUUUAACAUCUCUAAAACUUUAGUUAUUAGUUUGUUUUAUUUUAUUUGUUUAUUUUUUCUAUAAAGAAAAAGCCCAAAAUUAUAACGGACCAAGAUGAGUAGCAUCCACUUUCACCCGUUUCCAUCAAAAUACUGGACAAUCAAUCCAAGCAAUGCAAUUAUACGGGGUCGGUUUGUCAAGACCAAAAUGUAUCCGACAGCGUCAGAAAUUAAAGACAGCCUUGGGUCUGUAAUGGCAGACGUAUUUUUCUCAACGUUGACCCCUGACGUCAAAGACUGUAUUGGUUUGGGCAAAUCGUUAAAAGGGCCACAGGGCAGUCUGUGGACUUCACCACUGCACGAACAAGAUGUCGACAAUAGAAAUAGAAAGAUGACUGAAGUACCGUCGCUCCAUCUCGUACAAAGCUUCACACAUGCGGGCAUUGCAAAAAUGGGUGAAAAGUACGAAGCUAAGCAAGAGAAGAUGGUCAAAGAGACUAUUGAAAAAGCACUUGUGGACCAGGAAAGAUCUCUAUCAAAACUAAUGGAAGAGAAAUUGAGGGAAAUGAGGGAAAAGACGAAAUGUGAGUUUUUCCAAUUGUACUCGUUACGUAUGAAAGAAGUGUUUCUACAGCUCAAAAAGCAGUUUGAAGAGCGUUUAGCAGAGAGGGAAAAAAUUAUAAGGCAGGAGUUAGAAGCUGAAAAAGAACACGCACUAAACACACUAAAAAGAUCUAUGGAAUGUGAAGUUCAAAAUAUUGUCAGAGAACUUAAUAUUAAUUUUGACCAAAGACUCAAAUUUAUGAACAUGUGGGAUGCAAAUCAGCACUAUGAAGAAUUCUGUGUACAAACUAGAUUUUUUAUGAAAAAGUGGUCAGCGCUUUUCCAUUGUGCUAAGAAAAAUGCGAGUAAGAGCUCAAGAAUGGCGUUGAAGAAUGCCCACAUACACCACAAUAUGUUUACAAUGAAGGUGAUUCAGAGGGAAAGAGACAAUUUUUACAAUGUUCUGUAUGAACUUCUCCAAUAUUUCCAAGGCCGUCUCAAAGAGCUCACCAACGAAGUUGACACAUUGAGACAUUACAUCGAAAGUUUGGAUUUGGAAAAUGUCGCCCUUUUGGAAAGGAAGGCCUGGGAGUGUGUUUUGAAAGAUGUUAUCGGCCAGUUCCAGAAGUUUAUAAACUACGUGCUCAAAGAAGUCCCAGGGCAGGCAAAUUAUCUUCUCAGUCUCUCUGAAAUCUGUAAAAACAGAAAAGAGUGUCUGAAAAAGAUAAGGCACAAACAAGAACACUUUGGCUCGCCACAAAUCAAUCUACAGAAGAACUGGGGUGAAGUUUUCCAGGAGGCGCAGGAGGUCAAGCAACAGCAGUACACACGCCUGGCACAGAGCUCUCACUGUAAAGAUGUGGGAUGGGGAGGGCCAAAGCCUGAAAAGCAAGAGUCGCCAGAAGACAUAGAAGAAAACCUCCACAGGAUUCUCCAAGACCAAGAGAAAAGGAUGGAGACAUUGAAUUGGACGAAAUACCUUGUUAACUGGAUAACAUGCAGGCUUAACAACAACGAAGGCGGUUUGCCUGAAAUACCGAAGCCACCGUCUGAAGCCGGUUCCCAAGACAGCGAACUGGUCCGCUACUUGGACGAACACAUCAGGCAGGAAGAGGUAGAAAAGAGAAAGCCAGUGCCCAUGGCUGGAUUUAUGACGUCUGCAGGAGAUGCGAUUAAUGCGAAAGAGGAGAGGAACCUGCAUUUGAUGGGCUCUGAACUAGAACAAGAAUGGGAAACGGUGGGCAUGUCUGACCGAAGGGUCAAUUCCCUCAUUGACAUCCUUGUCGCUCAUCCCGAACUGAAAAACGUUAUUAUUAAACCAUGAAGUGGGGAAGAGCAAUGGGUUCUGCUACUGUAAUAAAAAACAAAUUGAAAACAAUUAAGUUAACCUUUUUUA